GUUCUAGUUAUCAUGCAAUAGGCAACAUGAGCUCCAUGGGGCGGUGUCAGAGGUCCCCAGGGACACAGAUCGCCCGCCACAGACCACCAGUCGAUUGAUUCAGUAUCUUCGCUUCGGUUCCUGAGCUAGCAGGGACGGCAAGACUAUCACCACCACGUAUCCUUAUCCUGUAACAAUGGCCUCACGCAUCGUCGCUGUAAUGGGGGUGAUGGCUAUGGUAACAUCAACAGGUUAUGGAGGCAGAGAGGAGACAAGUCCUGACGACGUGGGGAUCAUUCCACCGGUAUUCUUCAUGACGAUGAAGGAUGCGGAUCUUCUCGAAAACAGUCCAAAUCGCUAUGAAGACGCGAUGACGACGUCGGAUUCCGGCCACCGCCCCCUCUCUCACCUCCACCUGACGAGUUCAGACAGUUUCAUGUCUUUGGUACAAGCAAUGUCGGGCAGACACUUCGAGCUUCCUGAGACCGAAGGACAACGAAGGCCUAGGCAGCCGACCAGGUUCGCAAAGCGGUACAAGGGCAGCACACAAUGGAAAACCGUGUCAGGCACUGUUUAUUGAGACGAUCUGAAAUUCACAGUCUAUGGUUCGAGAACCUCUCCACGCACACAAAUAGUUUCAGUGGGUUUUACGUGGGGAACAGUAAAUGAACUUUUUGUGUGUACUAAAGUAUUAAUAUUACGUGGAUUCAGAGCUCCGCUGCUGACUUAUUUCUUUCAUUAAGAUCUUAUUUCUAGUAAGUCUGAUCUUUUUACCUUCUUUGGUUGAGACCUAUGUGCUUAUGUACCAUUGCGGAUAUUAUCUUGAAAAUAAACCACCAAAUACAAAUUAA